AUGGCUUCUUUCACCGUCGACGGGUUGACCGUCACACCCAUAUUGAACGAAACCUUUGGGGCAGAAGUCUCAGGCAUUGACUGGGAACAAGUACCUCUUCCAGACGCCACUAUAAAGACCCUAAUAACCCUCCAAGAUAGAUACGCCGUCCUUAUAUUCCGCAACACCGGUCUCAACAACGACCGCCACGUCGCCUUCAGCCAACAACUCGGCGCCCUCGAAGUAAAUCCCGUCUGGGGAAACACCACACGCGUCAAUAACCAAUAUCUGUUUGACGUCAGCAAUUUCGAAGCAGACGGCAGUAUCGCAAAAAGGGGCAGUAGGCGAUGGGCGCAUUCUUUGGGUAAUGCGUUGUGGCAUACGGACUCUGCGUUUAAUCAACAUCGCGCGAAAUAUUCGCUUUUAUUGGCGCAUAGUGUGCCUGGAGAGGGGAAAGGGACGACGGAGUUUGCGGAUACGAGAAGGGCGUGGAGUGAAUUGCCUGAAGAGCGGAAGGAAAAGUUUAGGGAUGUUAUUGUUGAGCAUGAGCUAUGGCAUUCUCGCCGCCUGGCCGCGCCAGAAGAAUACAGCGAACUCACGCCCGAAGAACGAGGCAAGAAACCGCCAGCAUACCACCGACUAAUCCAGAAGACGCCCAAUGGCGAAGGGGAGACAUUCUUCCUUGCAGCGCAUUCGAAACGGCUCUUUAGCAAGGAUGGUCAAGAGAUGUCAGAUAGUCAGAAGGAGAUUUGGGACUUGAUUGGGCAUUGUACGCAGGAGAAGUAUAAGUUCGUCGCAGAGUGGAAGUCGGCUGGCGAUCUGAUGUGGUGGGAUAAUCGGCAGUCGAUGCAUCGCGCCAGUGCGUAUGAUGAGAAGAUGGGGGCUAGGGAUGUGAGGAGGUCGACUGUCUAUGACGAUGGGGACGCUGCCAUGGGAGUUGCUGCGCCAGUUGGAGCGUUGACAACUCCAGUCACAAAGACGGAGACUGUUGUUUCUGUGACGUCGGUUGAGCAGGUUCAUAUUAUGUAG